AUGGCUUCUGGUUUUUUCGGACAUCCACUUUAUAGUGACCAAAGAUUCAAUCAUCUUAAAGUGGGUGUCAAUGGAGUUAUUGGCACAAAGAGAAAAUCAGAGGAAUCUUUUUACACAGGUAACCCUAAUUUCUUGUAUGUUGGGGAUGAAGAUGAUAACAAAACUGACCUAGGUCAAGAUCUUUCAAUAUCCCCAUUUUACCCCCAAUGUUAUCCUUCUUUUUCCGAAAACCCCACCUCCCCAUGGCAGCUACUUAGCUUGGCUAACAAACCCUUCACCCAAAAAAAGAUAAAAAGAUCAGUGAGCAUGCCGGAAACCACUGUGGUAAAUGUCAAUUCUAUCCCUCGGAGUAACAGCACCAACAGUUUACCCAAGCUUCGAUUUAGAGACCAUAUUUGGACUUACACUCAAAGAUAUUUAGCUGCUGAAGCUAUUGAAGACGCAAUAUUGGAAAAUGGGUUAAAAGUUGAAAACAAAGGACACGUGGAUGAAAACCAUGAAAUGCAUCUUGUUCAGCUCUUAAUCUCAUGUGCUGAAGCUGUUGCAUGUCGUGAUAAAGCACAUGCUUCGACUUUAUUAGCCGAGCUUCGAGCCAAUGCGCUUGUGUUCGGGUCAUCUUUUCAGAGGGUUGCUUCCUGUUUCAUGCAGGGGCUAACCGACCGGUUAGCCAUGGUGCAACCGCUUGGUGCGGUUGGGCUUGUAGCCCAACCGCAUCGACUGAACCUCAUAGGUUCAGAGAAAAAGAAAGAGGCUUUACGCCUCGUGUAUGAAGUUUGCCCGCAUAUUCAAUUCGGACACUUUGUUGCUAACUCAACAAUAUUGGAAGCCUUUGAGGGAGAGAGUUUUGUCCAUGUGGUUGACUUAGGGUUGACCCUUGGUCUACCACAUGGACACCAAUGGCGUGGUUUGAUAGAGAGUCUAUCAAACCAGCCUGGAAAAUGUCCACGCCGGGUUAGGAUAACCGCGGUUGGACAAUGUGCGAGCCGGUUUCGUAUCAUUGGUGAUGAGUUGGAGACGUAUGCACGUGAAUUGGGUGUAAAUUUGGAGUUUUCAUUGGUGGAAAGUAGUUUGGAGAAUCUUAAGCCAGAAGACAUUAAGACUUAUGAAAAUGAAGUUUUAGUGGUGAACAGUAUGUUACAACUCCAUUGUGUGGUGAAAGAGAGUCGAGGUGCUUUAAAUUCGGUUUUACAGAUAAUCCAUGAAUUGUCCCCGAAAGUUUUAGUACUUGUGGAACAGGAUUCGAGUCACAACGGGCCCUUUUUUCUUGGGAGGUUUAUGGAAGCUUUGUAUUACUAUUCAGCUAUUUUUGAUGCUCUUGAUGCGAUGUUACCUAAAUAUGACACUAGAAGGGCAAAAAUUGAACAGUUUUACUUUGCGGAAGAGAUCAAGAAUAUUGUGAGUUGUGAGGGGCCUAAUAGGGUGGAAAGGCAUGAGAGGGUUGACCAAUGGAGGAGGAGAAUGAGUCGGGCAGGGUUUCAAGCUGCCCCGGUUAAGUUGAUGGCUCGGGCAAAGGAAUGGCUUGGAAAGCUUAAAAUUUGUGAAGGGUAUACGAUUGUGGAAGAAAAGGGUUCGUUGGUUCUUGGGUGGAAAUCUAAGCCCAUUGUUGCUGCUUCUUGCUGGAAAUGUUAA